UAUAAAAAUCAUCUACCGCUUUGGCUUUCGACCGAUUCGUCCUUUGCCCCCGCCCGACACAUUCUGUUUUUUAUUAUUAUUGGUAUUAUUGCUGUGCGCUGUAAAACACGCCUGUUGCGUCACUUUCGCCGAGAGCGAGCGGUAUGCACGCGUACGCGGUUAAUGUGGUACCCGUGCUUGUGACAAAAGCUAAUGUUAGUAAGGUUCUGGAAGAGUUUUUCUGUGGUAAUGUGCCACCUGCUCACUCACUUUAAGGCUUUUGCUUGAUCUUUUCGAUAAAUAGUUUGAAGAAUGGUUCGCUUUCUUCUCAACUGCCCCUGAAACCGUUUUUCUGGUUUUAUUUCUUGCUUUUUGAGAUCAUGGGGUUGACAAAAAACAUCUGCUCGUAGUAUUGCAGAUGUCUGAGUCGCGUAAUUUCGAGCUGCUAGUUUAAAAACCUAAACAAACUGUUGUUUUUUCCCCUCAAUCAUCCAUGCAAGGAAAUCGAGGUGAUGAUUCUGCUCCGGUCUGGAUGAAAAUAUGGAAUUUUUGCCGAGAAUCGACGGAUAGUUCAGAGGAGGAAAGAUGUUUGAAAUUUGGACCCAUGUGCCUUAAAAUUCCUACUAUUCGAGUAUUGCUAGUGUUUGCUAAAGAUGAUGCACAAAGCGAUGCACUCAAGUGGGCUGCAGAAAAGCUCUCCUGUGAAUGCACACUGGCAUAUGCUCCGGAAGCAGCUACUGAAGCGUAUCAAAAUAUCCAUCCUCAUCUCGUUUUCAUUGAUUCAAGACAAUCUAAAGCUUUCGAUGCUGCAUCCCUUUGCAGAUCUAUUCGUAACAUUCAAGGGAGUCAAUACAGUUGUCUCAUAGCAGUUAUCAAAAAAAGUGCUGUUGACAAAGAGGAUGGUUCAUUAGCAUCUCAUCUUCAGUCUGGUUUUUCAAGGUGGUUUGUGGAAACUCAUAAUCUUGGCAACUGUUUAAAUGAGCUCAUUCAACUUCAUCAUACUGACGUUUCCUACCUACUUAAACUUCGGGCUGCUCAGGCUCUUUUCACUGCCCUUGACAGCUGUAGAGAUGGCAUUAUAGUUACUGGUCUGGACCAUAAUAUUCAAUAUGCAAACAAAGCUUCUGAGAAGUUGCUAGGUUAUGAAGCAAAGGAUCUAACAGGAAAAAAUGCUCAGACGUUAUGCAGAGCAGAAUCUGUCAAAGCUGACAUUGUUGAAAGCAUUAACAUGCAGGUAAAGAAAGGAAAAGAAUGGGAAGGAACCCUUUUCCACAAAAGGAAAUCUGGUGAGAACUUGCCUCUGUGGAGUAGAAUUCUUCCUGUAGAGACAUAUGCAGGUUCAGCUGAGCAUCUGGUUCAUGUGAAUGAAUGCCCUUUCAGUGAGAAGCCAUUUGCUUCUGAUACCACGGACAUGCUUCCAUUAGUCAAGCCCACAAGAAAAGGUUCAGUCGAUGUUCGUUCCUUGGGUGGUGAAACUGGUCUUAACCGAAGACAAUCUUUUGCAAAAUUUCAUGCAAUGACCUUAGAACCUCCUAUAACAAAGGUUAUAAAUAUGAUUUUAGCAACACAAGAACAUAGUCCUCUUUUUGUUGCGCAAGCACUUGAUCGUGUUUUGGACAUCUUGCGGAGCACAGACAUAUAUUCUCCUCAGUUUACUGGAUUACGACAAAACCAUGCUGAGGAUCAAGUAGCAUCAGAUCUCUUCAGUGGUUUGAUUUCUAAUAAUAAACAAGUUAUUAGGAGGUUUUCUCAUGAGGCUUUCAAAGGUGUUCCAUCUUCUGGAUCACAACCACCACUGACACCAUCAUGUCUACCAACACUGGAGUCAGCUUCACCAAAAAUUAAAGAAAUUUUAGAAAGUGUUAAUGAAUGGUAUUUUGACAUUUUUCAGUUAGAGAGAGUAACAGAGAAAAGGCCUCUCAUUUGGGUUGGUCUUUCCAUUUUCACUCGGUUCAAUGCUUGUAGCCUUUUAAACUGUGAUGAAACUAUACUGCGCAAUUGGUUGUCACUGAUCGAGUCAAAUUAUCAUCCUAAUCCAUAUCACAAUUCCACACAUGCAGCAGAUGUUUUGCAAGUAACUGCAUAUUUUCUUCAAAAGCCACGAUUAAAAGCCAUCUUUGACCCCAUGGAUGAAGUAAUAUCCCUCAUUGCUGCCGUUGUUCAUGAUGUUGAUCAUCCUGGAAGGAAUAGUGCAUUUUUAUGUAAUACUGGAAAUGAAUUAGCUAUUUUAUAUAAUGAUUUGUCUGUUCUUGAAAGUCACCAUUCAGCACAUUCCUUCAAGUUAGCUAUGUCCAGUGAAAAAGUUAACAUCUUCCAAAAUUUAAGCAAAGAUGCCUACAAGGAAGUGAGGCGAUCUAUCAUCGAUAUGGUAUUGGCCACUGAGAUGACUAAACAUUUUGAACAUUUGUCUAAGUUUGUCAAUGUGUUUACCAAGUCAGUGGAAGCUGAAGAAGAUGAAUUAGAAACAUCUCUUGAACCAUCAUCUGCAGAUUUGGCUGCUAUGUCAACUCCUGAAAAUAUUAUUCUUGUAAAAAGAAUUCUUAUCAAAUGUGCUGAUGUUUCUAAUCCUACCAAACCUCUAAACUCUUGUAAAGAAUGGGCUUACAGAAUUGCUGAGGAGUACGUAGCUCAGACCGAUGAAGAAAAAAGUAAAGGUCUUCCAAUAGUUAUGCCAGCAUUCGACCGUGCCAAAUGUAGCAUUCCCAAAUCUCAAAUGGGAUUCAUAGACUAUUUCGUCAAUGAUAUGUUUGACGCCUGGGAUGCAUUUUGUGAUGUUCCAGAACUAAUAGAGCACAUAAAAGUAAAUUAUGAAUAUUGGAAACUUCAAGAGACACAGAGACAAAAAGAAAUUGAAGCUCAAGUAAAUAGUGUUACCAGUUGAAGGGAACAAAAUUCUUUUGUGCAAGCAGUCCUUCAACUGCGAUGUUUUUAAUGUUUUCUUGAAAAAUAUUUAAAUGUUCAUGUGCUCAAAUACCUUGUAAUGUUAUACAUGGCUUCCUAUUCUGUGAACAAAUCAAAGAUGUUUCUUUACCUUAGAACAACUGCUGUCUAAUAAGUUGUUAAAAUAUGUAAAAAUGACUUUCAGUUUCCAUUUCAUCUUUUUGAAUGACACAAGUAUUGUUUAUGUUACACUAUUUAUCUUGGAUAUAUGAGUUCAUUUACUAGGAUUUGUAGAAACUAAAAGUAUUUUAUUCACAUGAAAAUGAGUUAUGUUUUUAUUUUUGCUGACAUUGGGCAUCCUUUAUUAUUAUUUAUGUUUUUAUGAAAUGAAAAUUGAGUGAAAGUAAUUUAUUUUCAUAUGAGUUAUAUAUAAUACACUGCAUAGAUAUUUACUUUUCAUUAUCAUAAAAAAAUUAGUGUGGCUAAACCAUGCAGGAUUACUUUGAGAUGUUCUUGUGUUGGAUUGAGAUGUGAAUGAAUAAAAAAAAAGAAAGGCUGUUAUUGAUUAUUUUGAUUGAUUGCUUCAAAACAAGCUGAAAAGGAAAUAAAAGAUUAAUAUACAUUUCAAUACUUUGCUUAGGAUCACAAGAACUUAAUAAUAUGCAUUUCAAUACUUUGCUUAGUAUCACAAGACUUAAUAGUAUAUAUUUCAGCUAAUAAUAUUUAACACCUGAAUAUUUUUCUCUGGUUUAAGAAAUAAUAACAUUGGGGAACAACAAUUUCGUUUCUUAGAUUUUUCACUUGUUUUUGACUAGCUUUGGCUUCUGAAUCCAAAAAUAACCUCAGUUUUUGUCUAUCAUGUCAACUUUUUAAGCUACAAAAUACCCUGUCUUUGUCAUACAAAAUAUGGAUAUAAAGGGAAAAUUUACCAAAUUUAUUGUUGGUAAACAAUAGUUUUAUUCAUAGAAAGGCUAUAUAUAGUUACAGCAAGUUAAAUUUUGUUCAUACAAAUAGUACAUUUUUUUUUUACCAGACAGUAAACAUGCAUACUAAAGUAAAAAUAUUUGCUUAUGGCUUUUUCUGGAGUGUUUAAUCUGUGGAUAUUUUCGCUUGAUGCUCCAACAAUUGUAUAUGUUACAACAUUUUCGUUUGAUGGCCAUCAUAUGUACAUCCCAUCUACCACCAUACCACACCUCCACGACCUUCAAAUCUUAGUGAAAUCACUCACCCUGCUGGUCACUGAUCACAUCAGUGUUUUUCAGGAAGUUAUCAAGAUGGUUAUGCAAUUUGAUGCUCAUGUUGCAGUCAAGCAGUUUGAAGCUCUUCAGAAGUUGCUGGACAAUUUAACUGUAAUUCUGUGUUCAUGUACUUCCAAGGAAGUCUUUGGCAAUGUUUUUGAAUGCCAGCCAAGAAUUCUUUUAAAAUUCUGCUUUCUGAUGAAAUGUUCAUCUUUAAGGAACAGCUGAAUCUAUGGACCAUCAAACACACGGGCCUUUAUCUUUUCAAAUGACAGGCUAUGAAAUGCUGAAAUGAGAUACUUGAAACAUUCUCCUUCAAUUGGCAAAGCUUUUAACAAACUGGUUCAUGAUACCUAUAUGCAGAGGUGGAAAUAUAAUAUUCUUUCUGUCAACAAGUGACUGAUGUAGAAUGUUUGGAUUACCAGGUUUCAGGUCAGAUCUCGGAAGCACCCAAUGCUUCUCAUGAGCUCUACUGUCCUACAUAAAGCAGGGAUAAUUGUUAUAUCUGCCUUGCUAACCAAGGGGGAAGCAGACCAUUUUAAUGUCAAUGUAUUGCAACAAAUCAGUGACUCUCUUUAUGUCUUCAUAUUCUUCAUGCAAACUGAAAGGCCUAUUGGGAUUGUACCAAAUAAAUUUCCAUUGUGAAGGAGGGCACACUUAAAGCUCUGCUUUGAGCUAUCAAUGAUAAACCAUGUAUGUUAUGGCAGCACACAAAUCUAUAAUCACUUUGAAAGUACUGUAGAAACGCACUUUCUCUUGACAGAAAGUAGAAUACCUUUGCUCCUUUUUCAAACACGAUUUUCUCAUGCAGUUUUUAUGCUAACAGAUCUGAAGCUUUUCAUGGACACUUCCAAAUCUCGUACCGGUCAAAUCCUUUGUCAAAGGAAUCAUUUUAAAUUUCAAAAUCUUCACAGUUGGUGUCAAUUUGAUAUUCACCAGAAUUGCAGAGCUUUAAGUUUGCCCUCCUCUACAAUGGAAAUUUAUUUGGUACAGUCCCAAUAAGCCUUUCAGUUUGUGUUAAGAAUAUGAAGACAUAAAGAGAGUCUCUGAUUUGUUGCAAUAUAUAAUAAUAUAAGAGGGAUGAUCUUAUGAUCCAUGCCCAAUACUACAGAGAGUGGUCACAUUCACAUAAUGUGUAAAGUAAAAACUUGACAUGGUAGAAGAAAACUAACUACAGUUUUGAAAUCAACAUGCCUAUUUAACUCUAAAACAGGUCAAAAAUCAAACUCAACAGAAAUUGUGUUACAAAUUGUUCCCCAGUGUACAUAGCAGUUUUGCAAAACUUCUAUUGUGAUGUUUUGCUUAAUUUGCAAUAUGCAUGAAUUUAUUUUUUUCCUUAUGAUAAUAGUAUUAUGUAUUAAAAAUGCAUUAUAGAUAUUUGUUUGGGCACUGUGAUACAUAAUUUAAGACCCAUAAAUGUAUUUAGUAAUAUAUGGAAUUUAACAGUAAUGGUUUGCUCUCAAAUCACAAGUUAAUAUAAUUUUAUGCUUAUUACAGGAAAAAGUCUAAAAUAAUUAUUAAGAUAUGAACUUCGUUUCCAAAAUCACAGCAGGGAAUGUUUUGCAUUUUAAUGGUAUUUUAGGAAAUAUUUUGAGAACAUUUUACAUUAAUAUAUUUAAUAAGAAAAACUUUCUAGUAAAACUUUUCAAAAUUAUUUUUCAUUUAUGAAUAA